AUGUCCAUGUCUUCUCCUUCUUCUCGAAGGUCUACUCCAAAGCGCCGUCCGCUCCAUGAACGAACAAACUCGCAGAACAAUGUCAUCCGUCCAGUUUCACCGGCCCGCCCAAUUUCUCCGACGCUUCGAUUGGUAUCAAACAGGUACGAUGAUUCGGACGACGAGGUCUUCAGCAACCCGGACGAUGUCGACAUAUACUCCGCCAACCCAUAUCCCACCAAGCCCGCCCAUGUGCUGUUGCCCCCGGGUUCCUCAGCCAGAGGCCGCAUAUCAAGGAACGGGAGCCCCUCGACAAUCACCGCUUCGGAUAGAUGGGGGUCUAGAUCCAGCGUUUCUCCAGAGCUAGAGUCUCCCAGUUCUAGCCAACAACAACCAUCCGGCAGCGCCUCGGACCUUUCCACUUUUAUGGGGAACACCUCAAGUACGAUAUGGGGGCAGGACCCAAAAUCGAGUAUCACCACGGUUGCUCGUUCGGAUACCCCACAUGCUUCAGAGAACGGUGACAGCGAUGAUCAGGAGAAAUCCUCCGACCGCAGCAGCGUGACAGCGCUUCCAAGGCCUGCUGCCACCAUCAAAUUGGUCAGCCAAAGAGACACGUCCCGUUCAAGCAGGUCUCCUCCUUCUGACGGCUCGCUCCUAAUUGGAUGUUCAAUUACCCGCGGUCACUCGUCCUCUUCCAAUGCAUCCUCGAACGUUGCCCGAAUUGGAUAUACCUCCAGCCCCAACUUGGUACCCCUGAACAGCUCGUCGCCUAAUUUGCUUCCCAUCAGCUCCUCCCCCAACGUCAUCAGGACUAGGGUUUCCGAUUCAUCCUUGUUCUCGGCAAAUUCCUUUGGCACAGCGAUCAGGUAUAUCCGCAACCGAAGAGAGCAAAACAGCGCUUCGGAAUCGGCCUCUGUAAAUCGAUUUGAUUCCAGGACACCAUCCAUACCAUCGAGUCCUCCGGUUCCGGUACUAAGGUCCUAUCAGUCAACGUCUACUCUCGACCUCAAUGCUCGGUCAAGUCAGGGGAACGUUUCUUCGCCGGGCAUACCAUCAGACGCUGAUAUCCAGGACGUCAUGGACAGAGUCCCUAUACAGUACCCGAUGUUACGUCCACCCUCAUCGUCCAGUUCGUUUGCAGAUACCUCGAUAGUCUCUAUCCCAGAGCCCCUGUCGCUAGUCCGACCUCCAACCAGACGCUGGAACCCGGAUUUGUCCUCCGUAUCGUCGGAACUGUCAAUUCCCAUGGAUGAACGGCAUAAUCUUCCCUCCCUCUCCCUUGAUGGUACCCCCGAUAGGUCUAGGCAGGUGACAGAAACAGAGCAAUCUUGGCUUUCCGCACGCCAGACAUCCGGUAUGCCAGAUUACUCAAUGAUGGAUGAAUCCGAAAUGGAUGAAGCCAGCGACCGCAUCACACAUCUUCAUGCGUUGCGCGUCCUAAAACAUAAGACAUCCGCCACCCUAAGCUAUCGCUCAUCCAUCUCGAGGCAUGGUUCUCUUAGCCGAUCAGGGUCGACCGCAAGCCAGUUUUUGACCACCAUCCCCCAAUGGGCGAAGCUAUACUACCAAGGCGGUAACCUUGCGUUCCUCUCAGCAGUCUCUCUUGUCGAGGUUAGCCGACCGAAUACCCCCCGAGAACUGCAGGCUGUGACGCAUGUUUCCUAUUCGGAGCCUCUGGAGCAAGUGUCGAAUCAAGCUGUUGUCCGCAUGGCACCUGGGACCCUCACCCGUCCACGAACACGACCUCGCCGUGAGAGCCAGCCUGCACAACGACAAAUCCAGCCAGAUGUCCAGCCAGAUGUCCAGCCAGAUGUCCAGCCAGAUGUCCAGCCAGAUGUCCAGCCACAACGGCAGCAGGAAUCGGUACCUGUCCCAGAACCAGAGAUACAGGCUCAAGGACAAGAGCAAGCCCAAUCGCAGCCUAAACCCAAGGCGGUCCGUCGGGACUCGCGCGACCCGAGGACGCACUGGGCCGGUAUCGUCGGUGAAGAUGAGAUUACACCUCAACCCCCUUCACGCGAAGCCACACCCAGAGGCGUCUGGUCACCACACUUGUACACCGAUAAGCGCUUUCGUUCGACCAACAGGAAGGUUUGGAGAGCUCCUCCAUAUGACGAGUCCGGAAUUUUGCCUUUUAUAUGCUGA